UUCUCCAGCCCGGUUUCCUGUUCCCCGGCCUGGGCCAAGUCCUCUCAAGUCCCAGAUGUCCGGUUCCAGAUGCCUGAUCUCAGAGUGGGGGAACUGUCUGUGGGGAAGCCCCCACUCCACAAGCUGCCCAGGCAAGAUGUGGUGGCUGCUCCUCUGGGGAGUCGUCCAGGCUUGCCCCACGCAGGGCUCCGUGCUCUUGGCCCAGCAGCUCCCCCAGAAGCUGACAUCCCCUGGGUACCCAGACCUGUAUGUCAAAGGCCAGGAGAUCUCCAUCGACAUCAAGGCUCCAGAGGGCUUUGCCGUGAGGCUUGUCUUCCAAGACUUUGACCUGGAGCCGUCCCAGGACUGUGAGCAAGACUCUGUCACAAUCACGGCCAGUGGGAUGGAUCCAAGCCGCUUCUGUGGCCAGCAAGGCUCCCCACUGGGCAGCCCCCCUGGUCAGAGGGAGUUUGUAUCCUCAGGGAGCAGUUUGCGACUGACCUUCCGGGCACCUGCCUCCUCUGAGGACAGGACCACCCACCUCCACAGGGGCUUUCUGGCCCUCUACCAAGCCGUGGGUAUGAACCAUAGUCAGCCUAUCAGCCCGGCCAGUGGGGGCUCUGAGGCCACACACACACCCGAAGACAACCCCUCCAAAUUCCAGAACCACUGCCAGGAGCCAUAUUAUCAGGUGGUGCCAGCAGGGACACUCAGCUGCACAGCCCGGGGCCCCUGGCAGGAGACACAGGACAGGAGGGAGGUUCCUCACUGUGUACCUGUCUGUGGACAGCCAGUCACCCCCAUAGCCCAGGACCAGGAGGCCCUUGGAUCUUCCAGAGCUAAGUCAGGAAACUUCCCCUGGCAAGCCCUCACCAGUAUCUACGGCCGUGGGGGUGGGGCCCUGCUGGGCGACAGGUGGAUCCUCACCGCCGCCCACACCAUCUAUCCCAAGGACAGCAUCUCUCCCAGGAAGAACCGGAGGGUGGAUGUGUUCCUGGGCCACACGAACGUAGAUGAGAUGCUAGAACUGGGAAACCAUCCCGUGCGCCGUGUGGUGGUGCACCCAGACUACCGUCAGAAUGAGUCCCACAACUUCACUGGGGACAUUGCUCUCCUGGAGCUCCAGCACAGUGUGCCCCUCGGCCCUAGCCUCCUCCCGGUCUGUCUGCCUGACAGCGAGACCCUCUACCGCAGCGGCUUGUGGGGCUAUGUCAGUGGGUUUGGUGUGGAGAGGGGCUGGUUAACUACUGAGUUGAAAUACGCAAGGCUGCCCGUAGCCCCAAGGGAGGCCUGCAAGGCCUGGCUCCAAGAGAAGCAGAGGACCGAGGUGUUUUCUGACAGCAUGUUCUGUGUUGGGGAUAAGAUGCGGCCCCAGAGUGUCUGCCAAGGGGACAGUGGUGGCGUCUAUGUGGUAUGGGAUGAUCGUGCCCGUCACUGGGUGGCCACGGGCAUCGUAUCCUGGGGCAUAGGGUGUGACAAGGGAUAUGGCUUCUACACCAAAGUGCUCAACUACGUGGACUGGAUCAAGGAAGUGAUGGACGGGAAGGACUGACCCUGGGGUGCUUGAACACUGUGGGGGCCCAGACAGGAGAGGGUUGGGAGUGAGGACUGAGCCCUGGGGUGGGGAGGGGAGUGGGCAGGGAGUCCCUAUUCAAGUCACUGCUGCAGCAAUCUGCGCAAGGGAAACCCUCCUCCACUCAAGCCCUCCACCAUCCCAGACAGGAAGCAGCGUCCCAGGCCCCUCCUCCUCAUCCUCUCCCUUCCUGCGUGUUUGCGCUUCGCCCAGAGAAGCCCUGUAUAUCUCAGGGAGUUUCACUUUCAACUUCUCCUGCUGACACAGCUUCUUCCGUACUCUCCUGGGAGACAGCCACCCUCUCAUCCUCCUGUUCAAGCAGAGUAUGGGUCAAGUGGUCUUAAUUACAUUUCAUUUCUGAAACAUUCCAAAGCCCCUUGAGUUGGUUUCACCGUGUACCACAACUCCUAGCUGCAAUUAUAGUAACAGCUCGUUUUUUGUUUUACAUCUUCCGUAUGCCAGGCGCUUCACAUUUAUUAUUUCAUUGACUCCUCACACCAAGUUUGCAAAUGGUGUGUUAUUAUCCAUGUUUUACAAAUGAGGAAACUGAAGCUCCGGGAGAUAAUGUGACUUGCCCACAUCCCACAGCUGAUACAGGCCU